GCCCACCACAUAUUUCUUCCUUCGCAAACCACAAAUCCUAUAAUAUAAAAAAAUUUGGAAAAAUACAAUAAAAACCAAGUUAAAAUAUUGAAAACGCCAUGGCUCUUACGGAUCUGAAUAAGCAAGCUGAUGUCGCUACUGAGAGCGAAGUUAAGCCCACUACCUCUGUUGAGACUCCCAACCAACAGGAAUCUGGUGCUGGCGAAGCUGAAACCCAAAAGCCCGCCGAAGAAUCUGCUUCUGCUGAUGUUUCCGGUGCUGCUACCCCAGCUACCACUACCAGCUCUUUAGCUAACCCCUCUACUACUGCUCCCUCUAGCGCUUCCUUGUAUGUUGGUGAACUUGACCCCAGUGUGACUGAAGCUAUGCUUUUCGAGCUCUUCAACAGUAUUGGACCCGUAGCAAGUAUUCGUGUUUGCCGUGACGCCGUUACUCGUCGCUCUUUGGGCUAUGCUUAUGUCAACUUCCACAACAUGGAAGAUGGCUCCAAGGCUUUGGACGAACUUAACUACACUUUGAUUAAGGGCCGUCCUUGCCGUAUCAUGUGGUCUCAGCGUGACCCUUCUUUGCGUAAGAUGGGUACUGGCAACGUUUUCAUUAAGAACUUGGACCCUGCUAUCGACAACAAGGCUUUGCACGACACUUUCUCUGCUUUCGGCAAGAUUUUGUCCUGCAAGGUUGCUGUCGAUGAGUUGAGCAACUCCAAGGGUUACGGAUUUGUCCAUUUUGACACUGUCGAAUCCGCUAACGCUGCUAUUGAGCACGUCAAUGGCAUGCUUUUGAACGACAAGAAGGUUUACGUUGGUCAUCACGUUAGCCGUCGUGAACGUCAAUCCAAGUUUGAGCAAAUGAAGGCCAACUUCACCAAUGUUUACGUCAAGAACCUUGAUACCGAAGUUACCGAACAAGAGUUUAGUGAUCUAUUUACCCCCUUUGGUGAAAUCACUUCUCUUUCUUUGGUCAAGGACCAAAAUGACAAGCCUCGUGGUUUUGGCUUCGUCAACUUCUCUUCCCACGAAGCCGCUGAAAAGGCUGUCGAUGAACUCAACGACAAGGAAAUUAAUGGUAAAAAGCUUUAUGUUGGCCGCGCACAAAAGAAGCAUGAACGUGAAGAAGAACUCCGUAGACGUUAUGAGCAAAUUAAAAUGGAGAAGAUGAACAAGUACCAAGGCGUCAAUCUUUUCGUCAAGAACUUGCAAGACGAAGUUGAUGACGAGCGUCUUAAGACUGAAUUUUCUGCUUUCGGUACCAUCACUUCCGCCAAGGUAAUGACUGAUGAGCAAGGCAAGUCUAAGGGUUUUGGUUUCGUUUGCUACACUACUCCUGAGGAGGCUAACAAAGCCGUCACUGAAAUGAAUCAGCGUAUGCUCGCCGGCAAGCCUUUGUACGUUGCCCUUGCUCAACGUAAGGAGGUCCGUCGUACCCAAUUAGAAGCUCAAAUUCAAGCUCGCAAUCAAUUCCGUCUUCAACAGCAAGUUGCUGCUGCCGCUGGUAUUCCUGCCGUUCAAUAUGGCGGUGGUCCUCUUAUCUAUGGACCUGGCGGUUACCCCAUCCCUGCUGCUGUUAAUGGACGUGGUAUGCCCAUGGUUCCUGGUCACAAUGGCCCUAUGCCUAUGUAUCCCGGAAUGCCUCCUCAAUUCCCUGCCGGUGUCGCUCCUGGCUACCCUGGCAUGAGCCCUCGUGGACCUGCUCCCGUUCCCGCUCAAGGUCGUCCCAUGAUGAUGCCUACUGGUGUUCCUCAGCCCGGCCCUGAUGAGUCUGCCGCUGUUCCUGGUAUGCCUGAAAGAUUUACUGCUGCUGACUUAGCUGCUGUUCCCGAGGAAAACAGAAAGCAAGUUCUUGGUGAGCUCCUCUACCCCAAGAUCUUCAUGCGUGAAGAGAAACUCGCUGGUAAAAUCACUGGUAUGCUUUUAGAAAUGCAAGAUUCUGAGUUAUUGGAACUUCUUGAUGAAGAUGCCGCUCUUAACGAGCGUAUUGAUGAGGCUCUCAAUGUUUUACGCGAAUUUGCCGAUCAAGAGCCUGCUGCUGAUGAGCAAUAAAGUAGUUUGGUUAAUGGAUCUUAUACUUUGUAAGAAGUGAUCUUCAGGUUAGAAACCUAUAGGAAUUUAGUAUAAUCUUUAUCUUAACGUUGGGUGUUUUAUUCGUUAACAGGGACAUUGUUUUGCAUUUUACAUAUGUGCGGUGAAUGAUUUGAGAUUCCCGUGAAAGCUUUUUUAAAUGCAGAAUCCGGUUUGAUAAUACAAUAAACUUUUAUAAAAAUUAGUUAUGGUAUGGUCAUGUAGUUGGAUGAUAAACUUUUUCUAUUCAUUACGUAUAUUAUAGUUGAUCGAGUUGAUAUGCCUAUUCAUUGCCAAAAUACGCUGAAAGCUUUGUUUCUUUUUAUGCUUCAAAAUCAUGAUUUCAGUUCAUCACAAGCUUUAAUCACAUUUAAAAGUGUUUAAAUCAAGUACAGCUUAAUAAGUGACUAGAUGAUCUGACAGCUAUUUCUGGCAACCUGAAAAGUAAAAUUAAGCGUUACAUCUCAUCAAGGACAUCGAAGAUGUUUCAUAAUGCUUAUGUCGUAGUAUCAGUACGUGGAAAAGGACGGACGACUCAUUCUGUCUUGCCUCAUUUCAUCAACACAGAUUUUAAAGUCUUCAGGGACAUGCUGCCUCGAAAUUUGACAGUCCUUUCACCUAAGAAGUUUAUGACUGGAGCAUAAUAUGUAAGGAAAAUCCAUAGAUUCAAUCAAAAGAAGCUGUUAAGUCAGAAACAGUUGAGUUGCUAUUAUAAUGCCAGCUUCAUGAAUAGUACUUUGCAAACGAUCGAGGUAAGAAAUUAGCUUUCUAAUUUUCUGAACAAAUACUCCAUUUUCUUUUCCAGAAUGGUAUAGAAAAGUCUCAGUAGGGAAGGCAAGUAUUCUUACAGGGCAAAGCAGAAUGCUUCAUGAAGGAGUUAAUGAAAAAGGUGGCUUUCGAUAUUUUCAAAUAGAUUACAA